GAGGGAAGAGCGGGCGGUGGUAGGCGCGCGUUGGAUGAGCGUAGUGUGGGAGUGUGUAUAAUAAAGUUUUUUCUCCAGCUUUUCCAGCAAGUUCUGUUCAUCCCAAUAGCUGAACUGGCUAGAGUGUGUGCUUUGUGCUCCACCCAUCCAUAGUAGGAUGCUUCUGCUGUACACAGUGUUCCUGUGGUCAUGUGGAGUAGCUUUGGCCAGUGAUUUGGUCGUACUUGCUGGAGAUAUGUUAGAAAGCCAUCUUCUUGAAUCCAAGACAACGUUAGUUCUGUUCACGAAAGCCAGUGGCUGCAGCACGUGUCCUGCGGCAGCGGACGAGCUGCGCUCAGUGCUGCCAUCUCUGGACGUGCAGGCGUACUCUGUGCAGGACGAGAAGAUUACCGCUCGGUACGCUGAUCGGGUACCGGCCCUGGUGAUGUUCGUCGGGCAUGCUCCUGUGCUUUACGAAGGGCCGCUGCUGGGUGACGCGUUUGCGGAGUUCGUCACCACCAACCGGGAGCCGCGCGUAGUGGCGCUCAACGACGCGAGCUUCGAGCACCUGACGCAAGCCUCGACGGGCGCUACCACCGGCGACUGGCUGGUGAUGUUCCAUGGUUUGUCGUGCGACCGUUGUGAGGCGCUGGAGUCACGCCUGCAGGGCGUCGCGGCCAAGCUGCGUAACCGCGUGAUGGUGGCCAAGGUCUCUUCGGAGACAGACGGACGAGAGACGGCCAAACGAUUUGGCGUCGCCCCCACCCAGAUGACCAUCCUGUUUUUCCGGCAGGGCGUUGUGUACACGUACGACGUGAGCAGGCUGGAUCUGACCAGCUUGAGCGCGUUCGCCGUCGGCCUGUAUAAGGAUGCGCCGAGCCGGCCCGUGCCGGAGCUGCCUCAGACGCCGCUGAUGCUGGCGCUCCAGGUGGUGGCUGGCGUAGCCGUUGUCGCCUACAUUCUGAUGCUAAUCGUGUCCAAGCAGAGGGAGGCCGCGCAAAAGAAGAAGGGUUUCUGAGGCCGGAUACAGUGCGGGCUGUGCUACCGUCAGACCUGCAGGAUCGGACUACAAUCCGAACCUAAACCGAUGUGUCCCCCCAGUGGCGUGCUGCAGCCACGGCGCGCGCCCCCGCUUGGGUCGAGCCGCGGGCAGGAGUGUGUUGUCAACGCAGCGGGAAUGGCAGGGGGCUGCGGGUGUGCACUACCCAUUCCAUGCGUGUUGUGGGCACCUAGCUAUUUUGGGACAGAGGUGACCGCACAGUUACGUUUCAGGAUGUUUAUGGUGUGGGGGUGAAAUGCUUGAUGUGACGGGCUUGUUGAUUUUUUACUCGCGCUUUGAUAAUAUAUUUGAGGCUGAUAGAUAUUUGUGUAUUUCAUUUUUGCAAAAGGACGUUUACGAAAGUCUGUUUGGCUGGAAGUUAGCUUUCAGGUAAUAUACAUAGUCACCUGA